CUAUUCCUCCCACUGACACCAAUGAUGGGGCACUACUCCUCCCACUGACACCAAUGAUGGGGCACUAUUCCUCCCACUGACACCAAUGAUGGGGCACUAUUUCUCCCACUGACACCAAUGAUGGGGCACUAUUCCUCCCACUGAUACCAACAAUGGGGCACUAUUCCUCCCCCCCCAUUAAAGUAACACAGCGGCGUAACGCAAAAGAUGGCCUGGUCAGGAAGGGGGGGGGGAUCCUCUGGAGGGCGAGGGGGGGGGGGUGGAAGAAUUCUCUGGAGGGCAAGGGGGGGGGG